AUGGCCAACAUAAGACACCAGAAUCUAAAUUUAUUUCUCGGCGUCUGCCUAGACCUGCCUAACAGCUGUCUAAUGUACCUGUACAACAAGUUCGGCAGCCUCACCGACCUAAUAAGAGAGCAGAAGAUAAGGCCGAAUUACGACAACAAACUUUCCCUUGUUCUAGACAUAACUAGUGGUAUGGACUAUUUGCAUAGGUCUCUCCUCAAGAUCCACGGACAUCUCAGCAGCAAGAAUUGCGUCAUUGACAACAGGUUUAUCGCAUCUUACUCGUUCUCAUUAGAAAAUUUCAAUAGCAAUAUAAAAAAUGAUUUACAUUACAAACACUUUUCAGUGGCAGAUGCCCUCUACCUGGCCCCGGAGUUACUUCAAAUUAGUAAAGGGAAUUUUUUAUCGGAGCAGGGCAGUCCGGAGGGGGACGUGUACGCGUUUGGGAUAAUCAUGCAGGAAGUCAUCAUGUGGGACGUGCCGUACGCUAUCGAGCGCCAAAAUAAACCUAUUUCACAAAUUCUCCGCCAGGUGAUGCUGACGACCAUGCGCCACCCCAUACGCCCCCUCAUCCCUGAGAACCUCUGCUCGGACGAGUGGUUGGAGCUGAUGAAGAAGUGCCUGAGGCAGCAGCCGGACCGCAGAGCCACGUUCGCCAGCAUCAAUUUUGAUUUCAAAAAAAUGCUCAAGGGAAAAACCGUCCACAUAAUGGACGUGACACUGGAAAAGCUGGAGAAAUUGAACGAGAAGCUACAGAUAUUGGUGAGUAGGAGGACAGAGGAGUUGAAACAAAAAAAAGCUGAAGUCGAAGCCUGGAUAUUCAACAUUCUGCCUGUCGGGAUAGCACGUGCAAUGUUGAAGAACAAGACAGUUCACCCGCAAGAAUUCGAAGAGGCGACAAUCUACUUUUCGGACAUUGUCGGUUUCGACAUCAUCUGCCAGACUGGGAGUCCAGCUUUCAUCGUUGACUUUCUCAACAACGUUUUCCGCCAUUUUGACCUAGUUACGGAUAAAUAUGACCUAUAUAAGUGCGAAACGACAAAGGACGUUUACAUGGUGGCCAGUGGCGUUCCCAAAAAGAUCAGACACCACGCAUCUGAAAUCGCCACAAUGGCACUGGACAUGUUCACGACGAUAAACAAAUUCGAAAUACCGGGUACAAACAAUAACGUUCUACAACUGAGAAUCGGUCUUCAUUCCGGUCCCGUAGUGGCGGGAAUUCUCGGGACGAGUUUGCCCCAAUACUGCAUCUAUGGCGACAGCGUGAACACGGCGUCAAGAAUGCAAACAAGUGGAUACGCAUUGAGAAUACACAUGAGUGACACGACCAACAAACUCCUCCAGGCCACCAACGAAUUUGACACCAUGGAGAGGGGGAAAAUUGAGGUCAAGGGCAAGGGGAUUAUGACGACCCACUGGCUACUGGGCAAGAGGAACACGGAUCUGUACGUGCCCGACCCUACCCUGGCUGCAGCGAGAUGGAUGCACCAUUUCAAAUGA